AUGUCGUACGGAGGAGGAGGAGGAGGAUACGGAGGAGGAUACGGAAUAGAUGGUGGAUAUGGAAGUAGGUACGGGAGUGGGUACGGGAGUGGGUACGGAAGUGGGUACGGCGGCGUGUCCUCCUACGGCGGCGGCGGGUAUGGUUCUUCGAUGUACGGAGGCGGCAUGUACGGCAGUCGCUACGGAUCCGGAUACGGUGGUGGUAUGUAUGGUGGUGGGUACGGUGGUGGGUACGGUGGUGGCAUGUAUGGUGGAUACGGUGGCGGAUACGGCGGCGGCAUGUAUGGCGGCGGCAUGUACGGACCGACCGGUCCGAUGUCCUUCGAUCCGAACGAACCGGUGAAUCCAGCCAUGUCCGCGUGGUCGAAAAUUAUGCGCACCUUAUCCGACGUCGUCCAUUUCUUCGGUAAGAUUAGCUUUUUAGUGGACGAAAACACGCAAGCGUUGCAUUUUUUCGUCGGGAGUUUGUUAGGAAUGUUAGAUCGAGGCCACGUGUUGUACAAGGAAAUGUCGAGGAUCGUGCUGAAAACGUUGGGGUACCCGGUGCCGGAGCGGCCGCCUCCGUUUGAUCCUUUGAGAAGAGGCCAACAGCAAGGACAGCAAGGACAAUAUAGCAACGGGUACAAUCAAAAUACAAAUCAGCAGCAAUAUCAGCAGCGAAAUAAUAAUAGCAGCGCUAACUUUGACGAGGCGUACAUGGACGGCGCGUGGGGGAACGCGAACGCUCCAUAA